CAAUCCGGAUCCUCCACGUGUCCUCGUGGCGGUUAAUUUUGAGUUCCAAGCCACCGUCAAAGGUUGCAACCUUUCUUCCUCCCUCCAUAUAUAAAAACACAUUCCCUCUCCUCCAUCCCAAUAUCCGAACACUCUGUUCCUUCAAUGCUCACCGGAAAAAUGGCUCCGGCGAUGUUCAUUGAGCGUUUCCGCCCAUCUAUUACUCCCAUCGCUCUAAGAUCGUACCUCGCAGAGUUCAUUUCUACUUUCUUUUAUGUUUUCUCAGUUAUUGGAUCCGCCAUGGCUUCGAGGAAAUUAAUGUCAGAUGCGGCUACAGAUCCAUCGAGUCUAGUGAUUGUAGCGGUUGCAAACACUUUUGCGCUCUCCUCCGCUGUGUAUGUCGCCGCAAACAUCUCUGGUGGACAUGUGAAUCCGGCUGUCACCUUCGGGAUGGCAGUCUGCGGCCGGAUCAGUGUCCCGACCGCUCUGUUUUACUGGAUUUCUCAGAUGUUCGCCUCUGUUAUGGCUUGCCUUCUCCUGAAAGUCACUACCGUUGCACAGCAUUUUCCGACCUAUGCAAUUGCGAAUGAAAUGACGGGAUUUGGAGCAUCUUUAGUGGAGGGAGUUCUGACAUUCGCUCUGGUGUACACUGUUUAUGCCGCCAGUGAGCGAGGGUCUCCGGGAGCCAUUGGGCCUUUAACGAUCGGGAUGAUGGCGGGCGCCUUGGUGUUGGCUUCGGGGCCGUUCUCUGGAGGGUCGAUGAAUCCGGCGUCUGCCUUUGGGGCUGCAGUCGUCGGGGGUAGUUUCAAGAACCAAGCGGUUUAUUGGGUGGGACCCUUGAUCGGCGCUGCAGCUGCGGGGCUUCUCUACGACAAUGUGGUAUUGCCGGCCCAAGCACGGGAUUCUGGGAGGGGGACUUUGGAGGGAAUUGGUGUUUGAAGGGUUUUUUAUUUUUAUUUUUAUUUUUGGUAGAUAAUGUAAAGUUUGAUCUAUGUCUUUUUUCCUGUAAUAUUCUUUUUAAAGUUGUUUAAAUACUUAUUAUUUUUCUAUGAGUGAAUGAAUGUUUAUUAAUUAA